AUGCACCUCUCCAACACAAUGCUCAGCCGACUCCCGCCCUCGCUCCUCGUCCUCCUUACCGUCGCGACUCAGCUCCGCGCGCAGCAACAGCAGCAUCCGACUGCAAUUCGGAAGAUGUCGCUAGACGAGGGCGAGAUGUUCUUACCAGAGUAUUACGCCUUUGCGCCAGCACAACUGCAGCCCCGCGACGACGACGACGAAGAGCUCUUGCUUGCCGGAAACAGCUCCGCCACGAUCCCGUUCCGUCCGCCGUACCCAUUGCACUACGACUACCAUAGGGCUGGGACAAAAGGAAGAGUAGAAGAGAAGAAGAAGACUUAG